UAGAGCCUGGAACGCCGAAGGCAGGACGGGCUUACACUGAAACAUAUAUAGAGCUCAGAUUCCCGAGACGUCCUUUGGCCAGAUUCAUGAGCUCGCAGCCACGCCGCGACAUGCAUCGGGCGGCCGCCGGCCACUGAAUUCUCCUCGACUGGACACGUCGACCGCGGGCGCGCAUAUAAAUAGUUCGCCGGUGCAACCAUUGGCUCGUCAUAGAUCAUUUUUUGCUAAUUGUCAGCUAUACUCCAUGAAUAAAGGCACACACGGUAGUAGGAGGCAUCUUCCCGCAGAGUCGGGCAUGGAGCACGGGGACGGGCCCGGCGGUCCAGACCCUGGGGGGCAGCAGGAGGGGGAGGAGGAGAUGAGCGACUCCGAAUCAGGCUCUGAACCAGUCGAGAUCUCCGACCUCAAGAAGCGCAUGUGGAAGGACCAGAUGCUGCUCACGAGGCUCGAGGGCCGCGCCGGCGCCAGGGGCGUGGCGGCGGCGGCGGCGGCUGCAGCUGCACGCGCGUCCUCGUCGAUGUCGGGCUCGGGCCAGGAGGAGCCUCCCGACGUGCGGUGCCGCCGCAAGGCCAUGCUGCGCGCGCAGGACGGCGUGCUCCGGCACAUGCUCAGGAUGAUGGAGGCCUGCAACGCGCGCGGGUUCGUGUACGGCGUCAUCGACGAGGCCGGCGAGCCCAUGUCCGGCUCCUCCGACAGCCUCCGCGGCUGGUGGAAGGAGAACGUGAGCUUCGACCGCGCCGGCCCGAUGGGUCUGGUCGGCCCCAUGGGCGAGAGCCCGGUGGGCCUGGCCUCCUCCCUGCAUCGUCUCCAGGACAUCCAGGACAGCACGCUCGGAUCCGUGCUCUCUGCACUCAUCCAGCACUGCGAGCCACCGCAGAGGAGCUUCCCGCUGGAGCGCGGCCUGGCGCCGCCGUGGUGGCCGACGGGGCAUGAGUCCUGGUGGGGCACGCAGGGCGAGAUGCAGGCUCACCAGGGCGUGCCACCGUACCGGAAGCCGCACGACCUGAAGAAGGCGUGGAAGAUCUCGCUGCUCAGCGCGGUGAUCAAGCACAUGAGCCCGCGCUUCGACCAGAUGCGCAAGCUCGUGUGGCAGUCCAAGCGGCUGCAGCAGAAGAUGAGCGCCAAGGAGUCGGAGACCUGGUCCAAGGUGCUUAGGCAGGAGGAGGCGCUUGGCAGCCGGCUAAAGAGCUCGCUGUGUAUCACGCCGUUCGACCGGGAGGAGGAGGAGGAGGAGGAGGGGGAGGAGGUGAAGAAGAAGAAGGCUGGGAAGGAGAGGGACGACGAUGGCCUGGAGAGCGUUGUGCGCGGCGCGCAGGACAAACGCAAGCGCGAGAUGUCUCGCAGCGGCAGCUCGGGUGGGAGCGGGUCAGAGCUGACCAUAAUGCUGCCGGAUCAGCUGGCUACUGCAAUCACAGAGGAGAGCCGGAGCCCGAUCAACGAGCUUAUGAAGCUUUACUACGGCUGCAUGCAGGGGGUCGAAAGCUAUGGUGACCGGGAAAAGGACGAUCUGCCGCCGAUGCAUUCCGUGUUGCUGCCGCUCGGGGGCAUAGAUGAGGUGGCCCAGGAUGUGCUCUUUGAUAUCAUCGGGAGCUGCCCUGAAGUAGAUGAUGUGCUGCGCUUGAUGGGAGAGUGACUAGCCACGCAGUCAGUUGUCCUACCUAUGUUACGCACGGUUAUUACUUUUUACUAGGUCUAGUUAUUAGGAGUAUAUAUACUUUUUGAGAACUAAGGAGUAGCCUAGUGGCAAGGGUCGAA